AUUCUCCUUUUUUCUUCCGAGUAGACCAAGAAUUCGAUGAUUCUUGAUUCUGAUGAUCGGAAAAAAAAUGGGAAUUUGAUGGUUCUUGAAAUGAUGAAUUGCACGAACGCCGAAGAACUGGCAAUCAUGGCGCAAAAAGGGGAAAGAAGAACGAUCCUGAUAAAUCUUCUUUAUUCUCUCGUUCUUAACGAUACUCGUGGAUUGAAGGUUAAUCUUCGUUCUUGGAUGGACUUUUCCUGUCCUUGUAACAAAUCUCCACUUUGGUUUCGAAAGUUGGGUCUUGUAAGUAAUAGAGAUAGAAGGAAUAUUCUUGAUAUAAAGGAAGGCCAGGAGGCUAAGAGUGACACGAAGAUGGUGCCAGGAGCUGGAGUUAGAUUCCGUCUUCCAGAGCAGUUGUGGGGCUAGAUAAAUUACUCUGUUCUUUAAGGCUUUUGCUUCAAAAAACCUUGUUUUGUUAUGGCUGAGAGGGUUUUUAAUGGGUUGCCUGCAUGCGUAGAUUAGGUCACAUGCUUUACCAGGAAAAGAAGCUUUGGAAAUAUACCAAUAGCCUUUGGAAGUUUGGUCCUGGAGAGUUCUUGGUGCACUUUCUUGUUGCUGCUUAGAGCCAUAGUUUUCUUCCACUGCUUGGAAUGCGGAAUUACAGAAGCUUCAAGCAUACCGUGAAAAGAUUGGAAGACGUUGCUGUAACUUGCAGAGGAGAAGAGAGAGUCCAGCUAUUAAGAAGAUGGUUGGUCGCACUCAAAGAAAUUGAGAGAUUAUCUGGAGGUUCAGUGGAUGAUAAGACUCCUGAGCAGCCGACAUCAUCUGAUGAGCCCAAUUCAUCUCCUAGAAAUGCAUCUUUGGUUUUAUUUUUUGAUUCUGAUAUGGGGGGCGAGCCCAUGAAUUUCCGUGACGUAUUUCUUCAUAGUCAAGCUCUUGAAGGCAUCACAUUGGCCAUGAUUCUGGAUGCUCCGAAUGAGGAAGAAGUUUCUCUGCUCUUGGAAAUUUUUGGACUCUGUUUAACAGGAGGAAAGGAAGUCCAUAAUGCAAUUAUGAGUAGUAUACAGGAUCUAGCAAAAGCAUUCUCAAGUUACCAAGAUGAAGUUUUGGUAAAACGGGAAGAAUUGCUUCAGUUUGCUCAAGGUGCUAUUUCAGGACUUAAAGUAAAUGCUGAACAAUCAAGACUAGAUGCUGAAGUCUCAAAGCUGCAGAAAAGGAUAGACAGAGUGGAAGCAUUGCAAGCUCCAUCAGUUGAGGAUCAUGAUCGAGCAUCAUCUGAAAAGACUUCUCUUCCUACCAUGGAGGCUCUAAAAGCAGCUCUAGCAGAAGUUCGCCUAUGCUUUAGACUGGAAGCACUCUUACUAAGGAAGAAAUCCAUAAACAGUGGGGACUCUCAAGAAAUUCAUUCUCAAAAGGUUGAUAAGUUGAAGGUUCUAGAAGAAUCACUUGCCAACUCUUGCUCCAAGGCAGAAAAACGAAUACUAGAUCAAAGGCAUCAGAAAGAGGAGGCUCUCAACUUUCGUGUGGCCAAAUCCAAAGAAGUUAGUGAGAUGGAGAAGGAAUUGGUCGCCGAGAUUGCUGGGCUGGAGAAGCAAAGAGAUGAGCUAGAAGCUGCAUUGAAGAAAGUUAAUAUUUCUUUGUCGGCCACUGUUGCACGCCUUAACAAGACCAGGGAGGAGAGAGACCAGUUUGAUGAAGCAAGCAAUCAGAUUGUUGUACAUUUGAAAGCCAAGGAGGAUGAGCUUUCAAGAUCUGUUGCUUCAUGCAAAGUAGAAGCUGAUAUUGUCCAUACAUGGAUCAAUUUCUUGGAGGAUACCUGGCAGCUCCAGUCCUCUUAUGCUGAACUGAAGGAGAAGCAGACCAAUGAUGACUUGGAGAAAUAUGCAUACUGUUUUGUGAAGUUGAUCAAGUAUCACCUUUCUGCAUGCAAGGAAGAACUGAGGCAUUCUAUAAAUCAUAUUAGGACAUUUGUGGAUAACCUGAAAAGAUUCACUGAAAGUCCGGGGAUGACUGAGAGCACAGAUAGUGACGUAUCUAAAGAAUCCAACCCACGGAAAUAUCUGGAAGAGGACUAUUUGGAAGUUGAGACAAAGAUUAUAACGGCCUUUGGUGUGGUUGAUCGCAUGAAGGAGCUGUUUUAUGCUGAACAAGGGAACGCAUCAAGGAAAGAUGAUCCUGAGGUCAAAGAAUUAUUUGAAUCUGUUGAGAAAAUGAGAGGAGAAUUUGAAUCCAUUGAGAGACCAAUACUAGAUGUUGAGACUCCUCAAGAAAAGUCGACACCAUCUGAAGAGAGAUCACAAAAUGGUCCAUGUCAUACUACACAGACAUCUAAUUCACCUAAAUCCAAAGGUGUUGAGUCUCCCAAGUCAACAUCUAAUCCUAAAUCCAAAGGGCUAGAAUCUCCCAAGUCAUCACAAGCAACAACCGAACACUUGGAUCCAGAAUCAGAACUGGCAAAACUGGAGCUAGAAUUUGGAAGAGUCAGCAAAGAUUACUCAGCAGAUGAGAUUGGUGGUUGGGAGUUUGAUGAGCUUGAGCAGGAACUAAGGUCAGGUAUUUCAGAAUCCAAAAAAUAGACUCUGGAAUAGCAGUCGUUGAAGAGCCAUUCUAUACUCAUGACGGUGAAUUUUUUACGUAGGACACUCAUUCAAAAAUGAAUUGUAUAUUUACCUUUGGGUGUAUAUUAUUUUUUUUAAACAUAAUUUGUAGCUAUCUGGAUAAUUUAGACACUGCAACUGUUUUUUUUCAUCAUCUACAGUUGCAUUCUGUACUUGCAUUUUUUGCGAGCAUUCUGUUGACUAUACGUUGAGGUAUCUGUG